AAUUUCCGUUUCCGCUUGGCUCCGGCUGGAGGGUUAAUUGAGUGUCGUGAGAGGUCAGAUUGCUGUCAGACAUGGCCCAUGGACAUGGACAUGAACAUGGUCAUGGUAAACUAAAACUUCCAGAUUAUAAACAAUGGAAGAUAGAAGGGACACCAUUAGAAACUGUCCAGGAGAAGCUGGCUGCACGAGGGCUAAGGGAUCCAUGGGGCCGCAAUGAAGCUUGGAGAUACAUGGGUGGCUUUGCAAACAAUGUUUCCUUUGUUGGUGCAUUAUUAAAAGGAUUCAAAUGGGGAUUUGCUGCAUUUGUGGUAGCUGUAGGGGCUGAAUAUUACCUGGAGUCCCAGAAAAAAGAGAAGAAGCAUCAUUGAAGAUAAUACCUGAAAGUAUCUUAAAGGCUUCUUAACUCUCCUAUAAAAAUAAGAUUUCUUCAAUGUAGCCUACUCAUCUGUGUGUUUUUCCCUAAAAAUACUAUUAAGAUUUAAUAAAGUAUGAAUAC